AUGUCUAUACGAGUUGCCAUUGCCGGUGCCACUGGCAACCUCGGUACCCCUAUCCUCCAAGCUCUCCUGAAUGCCGGACUUUCUGUCACCGUCCUUUCGCGCAUGGACAGCAGCUCUUCAAAACUCACACCGCAUCCGCACCUGACCAUCAAAGAAGUUGACUUCGGCUCCAUCGCGUCCCUUGCUCCCGCCAUGCAUGGUGUCGAGGUUGUCGUCUCCUGCGUCGCCACAAUGGCGAUUGGUGGUCAAAACUCCUUGAUCGACGCCUCUAUCGCCGCAGGCGUGAAACGUUUUAUCCCGGCAGAGUUUGGCAUGGACUCUGCCAACACGCUGGCCAUGCAGUUGCCCGUCUGCGCGCCGAAGGCGGCAACACAGAGGUAUCUCGCUCAGAAGGCCCUGUCGAACCCGGGGUUCACCUGGACUGCGAUAGCAAACGGGCUGUUCCUGGAUUGGGGUCUUAAGAUGGGUCUCAUUUUGAACGUGGCGGAGCACACGGCGACUCUGUACAACGGCGGGAACGUCCCAUUUAGUGCGACAAACUUGGCAGAUGUCGCGAGGGCGGUCCUGGGCGUCAUUAGCCACCGGGAACAAACUGCGAAUCGGAUCGUUUAUGUCCAUUCCGCGAGGGUUACACAGAACCAGCUAAUUCGUUAUGCCCGUGAAAAAGACGGCAAACCUUGGAACACUACGAUCAAAGAUACGGGAGAGGUCCAGCGUGAGAGCAUGGCGGAACUGGCCAAAGGUCUCGAGGCAGAUGUAGACGCUGCGAUGCUGGGAUUUUGUUUCUGUGGUUCAUUCAACUCCGAGUACGGUUGUGAUUUCUCGGAACACCUGGAUAAUGAGUUGUUGGAUAUAAAGGAGCUGCAUGAUACCGAGUUGAAGGCGAUGAUACAAAAUGUUCACUAUGACACGGUCAGCGUCCGUUAA